UACACAAGAUAUAAAUAUAACCUAACAAAACCCUACUCAAUAGGCAUCUUGGCAACAAUAAAAGUUGAAAAAAGUACUUAGAGAUUAGCCAACUUCGUACCCAGGUCGUGUGGCAAAAUGCCCUGGGAAUGAGAUUGAAGAUUAGCCUUUCUAAGUUAGUAAAUCUGAUCCAGGCUCUUUUAUUCUUAUUUAAAUGUCGCUGAUGCAUAUUUACGGCAGCGACACGACGUCUUUUUAUGAUAAUUAGUGUUGCAGCCGAAAAAUAAUGCUGAUUAGACGGCGUUGCUAUAUUGAAAAAUGAUUUGACAUAGUUGAUACACUUUGCAUACGUAAUAUAUGUAAACAAAGCCGGACGUACAUAUACACAGGGCAAAUUUUUCUUACGUUUCUUACUUUAAAAUUUUACUUAAGGCCUUUGUAAAAAAAUGCGUCUUUGUGAAUGUAGCUUAAAUAUUUUAAAAUAAAAUUAACAGUAUGUCGGUUUGAAUUCCAGCUGAAUUGACCAUGAAUGACCUGGCUUUUGGUUUAGGGCUUCUAAAAAACCGUUUUCUAUGAAAUUAAAUCAGAAAAUGAAUUACCAAAUUAGCGGACAAAAAGUGAUUGCACCAAGGGUACCCGGUAAGAGAGUCGAUUGAUAUAUAUUUUUUUGAAAUAAAAAUGGAUAAGAAACAAAUGAUUUAUUUCGAUAAAAUCGAUGUCUUCCUUUUAUUAACCUAUGCAAUGGAAUUCUUCUAUCUUUUGUAACAAUUUGAAUUCAAAACUGUAAUUAUCCAACAAUUGUCAACCUCUUGGAGACACUCAUACACUAAAAAAAAAAAAAAAUGUAGUCGGCAAAAAAAAGUCGGUAAGAAUGCUCGGUAAAAGCAAAAUACCUUUACAUAAGUUGAACAUAAGUUUAGUUUUGAGAUGUGUAACAAAUGUUAGAAGGAAUUCAAAAAAUAUUUUAUCCCUGUUAGGAAUACAAAUAAAAAGUGAGCCAAUCAGACUAGGACUUUUCUAGGUGAGGGAAUAUUUUUAAUCAGCGUACCAAUAUGCAUUAUGGUAUUUACUUCCCUGUGUAAAUAACUCGAGUAGAAGAUAUCACAGCUACACACACACAUAAGAGGGAUGUUUGAACAGAGUCUUCUCUGAAGUAGAUGAUGCAAUUACGCAUUGUAAGAAGAGGGGUCAAACACUGUGUUUUGUGUCUAUCGUUUUUUACCAGUAAAUGUAAAGAAAAAUAUCAACCAAUCACGAAAGCCAAUUUUGCCAAAUAAAAGGACUGGAAAGACUAAAAUAGUGUCAUUACCGACAACAGAUUUUACAAAUUGAAGAUCGAAGAAGAUGCUACUUCCAAUAUUUUUUGUAUUUUUCUUUAUUUUUACGGCUGAUGCAAAAUUUUCCAAUUGGAACCAAUGGUCGGCGUGCAGCUCACAAUGUGGAAAAGGAACAAAGUCACGUGAGAGAAUAUUAAUCCAAAGUCAUAACGAUUCUUGCUACAGUACCAUCAUCGAGAAGAAGGAAUGCAGUAUGCAUUGUAGAGAUUUGAUUAACUUGGCAAAGAACGCAACAGCAACAGCAUCAAGUCAAUUUUUGAAAGUGUAUCCAGCUGGAAGAGCUAUUGAUGGGAUAACAACAAACAACUUGCUCGAGAAAAGUUGCAUGCAUACAGCUAAAGAUAAAAAACCAUGGCUUAGAAUUGAUUUAGGAACUUUGAGAUUGGUUGAAAAGGUUGUAAUUCAUAAUCGCGCAGAUUGUUGUAGUGAGAGAUUAAAUAACCUAUUAAUUACUGUGGGAGAGAGUGCUAACGGGACAGGUAAUCAUAUCUGUGGUGGAAGAGAUAACAUGGAAGAUGUAAAGAAAACAACAAUUUCUUGUUGUCGAACUUUGAUUGGACGUUAUGUGCAUCUGACUAUACCCGGACCACAAUUCUUACACGUGUGUGAGGUCGAAGUGCUUGGAAAGUCUUCUGAGAUAACCAACAUUGCACUUGGGAAGUCAGCGUCGAUGUCUAGUAAUGCUGGUUACCCUGCUGGCAACGCAGUAGACGGCGACGAAAAUACCUUCAGUCACACAAAUCAUGAAGCAAACCCGUGGUGGAAAGUGGAUCUGGGUAAAGACUCAAUAGUUUACAAGGUCGAAGUGAAAGACUACAACAAUGAUGGGACCUACUCGAAGCAUGCAGUUAUCAGCGUGUUGGAUACGCAAAACGUUGCCAGAAUUUGUGGAAAUACAGGAGAUUUCAGAAAAGAAGUGACUGUUGUUUGUCAAACUCCUUUGUUGGGAAGAUACGUCAAAUUGCAACUACAUCGCACUGAUCACUUAAUUAUGAAAGAAGUCCGAGUAUGGGGAAGUCAAUGAACUUACAUUUUGUGAAAUAAAUCUACUGAAAAUAGAAAAACGGAA